CCUCCUCUUCCAGCUGUUUGUGUUCACUUCCUGGUCAGCUGAUAUCAGACGGAGCAGAGACGAGAGGACAGCUACAGUAGCAUCCAGAAUGACAAUCCUGUCCGUUUAAAAUGAAAGUGACAAAACUCUAAAACCACCUGGAACCCUCAAACACCUGGAUUAACACCUGAGAGACUGUGUGUGUUUGUGUUUACCAGCAUCGAGCUCCGGAACCUGAGAGGAAACAGCAGAGCGAGCCCUGUCCCCCUGCUUCUCUUCACCUCUGUUUACUGGAAAGCUCCUCUCCUCUCCUGGCUACUGAAAGGCCUUUUUCCAUAUCGCAGUGCCAGAAACGGACGCUGCUGAGAAAUCCACAGUGUCAAGACUGAACUGGAUUCAAUGAGGGAGCCAGAUCGGGAGGAGCAACCUGAAGACAACAUGCCCCCCAAGUUUAAACGACACCUCAAUGACGACGAAGUCACGGGAUCCAUUCGCAGCGAGAGGAGGAACCUACUGGAGGAGGACUCCGAUGAGGAGGAAGACUUCUUUCUGAGAGGACCAACAGGACCCAGAUUUGGACCGCAGAAUGACAAAUUCAAGCAGGUGCAGUCGCAGGUUGACGAGGUGAUCGAUGUGAUGCAGGAGAACAUCUCCAAGGUGAUAGAGAGGGGCGAGCGGCUCGACGACCUGCAGGACAAGUCGGAGAGCCUAUCGGACAACGCGUCUGCCUUCAGUAGCCGAGCCAAACAGCUGCACAGGAGGAUGUGGUGGAGAGACAUGAAGAUGAAGAUGAUUAUUGCCCUGGUGGUUGUUGCUCUCCUGCUCAUUAUCAUCAUUCCAGUGAUCCUGCGAUAUCGCUAGUGUCAACCCUCCUCUUCCUCUCUCUCUCUCUAUCUUUCUCUCCUUUGCACACAGUCCUCCACUCCAGCUAGGGGGCGCCAGCCAGCCUCCCACACCCUCCCCCCACUGUCGAUCUGUGUUCCCUCAAGGAUCUGGCCUCAACGUGCCCUUAGUACAGAUCUUAUCAUUGGUAUUAUUCCACAUAAAUCUGCGGUGAGAUCAGUACUAAGGCUCACGGUUUCAUCCCUGGUUUGAAACUAAGCUACAGAAAGGGGUCAUAGGAGACUUGUGGGGAUAUUUUAAUGCAGUCUGGGAGAAACCGCUGACUCUCAGCCCUCUAGUCAAUGUGAAGGAGAAAUGCUCCAUGCCAUGAUACAUAUCAUGUGUAGAGUCCCGUCUUUGCCUUGACAACAGGGAAACUCCAGGUCCUGCAUCAUAUAGAUAGAUACUGUCAAAGGCAGGGAAUCCAACGCCAACUCUCUCCUCUCUUAGUCUGAAUCUGCUGCAGCGGCCUCGUAUAAAAGGGGCCUUUAACAUUUAGCGAAUGAACCUCAGAUGUCUACCCAUGAUUCCUUGCGUGCUGUCUUCUGAGAGCGUUUAUAGGGAACAUUUUGUGAACACAAGCACAUUUCACCGUUGGACACAAGGCGAGGGAACAUCUGAGGUUCAUCUGCGUAGACAAACGUGUGGCUUCUUUUAAUCAUUCUGACAGGAAAGUGGUUUCACAUAUCAGGUAUGUUUCCUCAUCGGUACAGAUGAUUGGGAGAAGGGUCUAGAAGGGAGGCAACAUCCUGCUCUCUGCACAUUAUUCUACUCCAUAAAUCACCGCUUCCAAACAUCCAGGUUAUGAAUGUCUCCGCGGCCCUCUGCGCUCUAAACCGCUCACCUUCCUAUUGGGUUUUUGUGCCAAGCUCUGGGUCGGUUUGGUCACGGCUGUCCUGCUUUUCCUGCUCGUGACAUUAAACCGUCUCUGCAGAUGGUUCUGUUUAGGUUUAAUACGGCUUCUGUCUUUUGUUUCCCCCCACUAUUUCUUAAUUCCGCUGGUGGCUCAAUGUGAUGCUUGUAUGGAUGCUGGUUAUUCCCGUCGUCGCCACAGAAGAGGCAGUCUGUCUCUCCGCACUGUUACUUUUAAGCAGGGGUCAUUUUUAAGUGAUGCAAGUUAAAAGUUGAGCCGUGAAACGAAACUUAGGUGUCAUUGUGUCUGGAUUAAUGAACUGUAUAAUAUAAUUGAAACUCUACAUUGUCAUUUUAUUAUUUUGAAUGUAAUUUAUUUUAGCUGUAAAUAUUGAUUCUGUAAUGAUGUACAAUACUCUUGGCAUUGCAUUGGAAGACUGUGAUAUACUGAUCCUUUUUUGCUCUGGAAUAAAGUGAUUUUAAAGGGCA